AUGCCGAAAUAUUCUCCCCUGUCUGAUAGUUGUGUUGAUUACCCGGCUCCGUGCAUCCAUGGACUGCAAGUAUCUGUCAAAGAGUACCCCGAUGAUGCUGUAGACCAGCUCAUACUGCUCCUGAGUCCUGCACAGAACACGGGAAGAACCAUGGAGGGUCUUUCAGGGGCCGGCGGGAGGAAUACUCACACGAAAGACAGCAAAGGGCCCGCACACAAAGGAGGACUCCUCUUUCUCCGGCCACAUCCUCAGGAAGUCCUGCACUGUGUGAUGGAGCGGUCCCUGAGUGGCGAUGUAAGCGUUGGAACCUGUGACUCCCUGCACACAACACAGCACACUCACCCAGAAGACUGUGACAUGCACACGCAGGAAGUGCUGCAUGUGGCAGCAGCUUGCGGCGUGACCCCAGGAUGCAGACACGCAAAACGGCGUGCAGCGGAAGGGUACAUUUUGCACAGGCAGCCGAGGGGAGUCAAGACCAGGAAUGCUGUGGGCCGCCUCCUUGUCCUCGGUCUCUCGUCUCCUCUGCCGAGUCAGCAAGGUCCUCAGAGCGGCGGCCUGCUGCUGUGGGUCCAUGGCCGGGUGCUGUGGGUCCAGACCGGGUCAGCAGCUCUCAUGUCACCCUGGUGUCGGAGCGUGUCGCGACGAUCAACGUCGAGGAAGUCUGAUACUACAUUUACCUCGACCAUGGACAUCCUUUUAUUCCUGCGACUAAGUUUGUUUGGACUUGCCACGAUUGCUCAAGCUCAAAGCUGCUCUAAACCUCCACAAGGUGCCAACAUGUACUUGACGGACACAGACAUUCUUACGGGAACUUUCCCAGACGGUGGCACGGCUACUUUUGCCUGUAAUGUGGGUUACACGCCGACAGGAGGGUCUUUAACCAUCACUUGCACAGCUGGAACCUGGAGUCAAGUUACGCUCAUAUGCAAAAGGAAGACCUGUGGCUCCCUUGGAGACGUGCCAAAUGGAAAUGUUGAUUAUUCACAGGGGAAUGAAUUUGGUGAUACAAUCUCUGUCAGUUGCAACACUGGUUACAUCUUGGUUGGCAAACAGUCCUUCAUAUGUGGAGAUAAAGGGUGGGAAGGCGGCCGCCUGCCAUUUUGUGUAGUGGUGGUGUGCGAGCCCCCGCCACCAUUAGCCAAAGGCUCGUUCAGCCCUGAGUUAGAGAGCUAUAAAUAUGGACAAGUUUUACAGUACAGCUGUGAAAAGGAUUAUACCCUCAACGGAUCCAAAAUCAGAGAAUGCUCAGAUAAUAAAAAAUUCAAACCCGAUCCUCCAAAUUGUGUCAAGGUGAACUGUAUAGAACCCAUAGUAGAAAAGGCUGAAUGGGUAGCACAACCCCCCUAUGGAUACAACGCCAUGCUGACAUUUCAGUGCUUGGCAGGAUACACAAUGAUUGGAUCUGCCAGCAUCACGUGUGGCAUCAACAGCAGCUGGUCGCCACCGCCUCCCAGUUGUCUACCAAAACAAACGACCACGACGCCUUCUGACAAGAAGACACCAUCAUCACCAAUCACACCGACACCAUCAUCACCAAUCACACCGACACCAAAAGGAAAUGAUGGGAACAGCUUGUGGAUGCCUUUGGGUGUCGCUCUUAUAGUCAUCAUUGUGCUCACGGUGGUUAUUGCUGCAUGCUAUCACUUCCGAGGAGCAUUCAUCAACAAAGAGAACAAACUUGGUAAGCCCGCUGAUCCUGUUGGCCCAACAUUGCUAGGAGGAAGAAGACUUCAGCCCCAAGAGGACAACAAAUUCCGUAAAUUGAUCUGAACUCGCGCUUAUGUUUGGAUUACAUCUGAUGACACGUUCCUCACGCUUGAUAUUCAAACUGGAAGAUGUUUUAGAAACAUUUGACCUGAGAUGAUUGCAAAAAAAUCAGUAUUCAUAACAACAGGACAUCCUUUAAUAUAUUUUCCAGACUAUAGAGCGCACCGGUGUUUAAGCCACACCCACUAAAUUUUAGAAGAAUAAAAUAUGUUUCCAUAUAUUAGCCGCACCGGACUAUAAGACGCAGAUAUUUAGGUUAUUUACACAGAAAUAUUCUGUAAUUGUCUACUUACAUACCUUAAUUGUUUCCUAACAGUGUCUGUAACACGGCAGUAAAACGGCUGAUCAAACAAAACAGAAGUCGUCAUCAUGGACCCACUAGCUGCGCAAGCUCGCUCUCCAAUCAGGUAAACAGACUCAAUAACUCCAUGGUGACGUUUUGCUGAAUUUACUGAGGAAUUUGUGAAAGUGAAACGAUACAAAAAGAAUGCCGUUGUAAGUUAAUAAUACUAACAGACACUCGUAAAUAUGUUAGCAUAUCAGCUAAUGCUAACGACGCUAGCUUGAUUACGAUAGCACGUAGAAAUAUGCAUGAAAACACUCCUACAGACGCCACACCUGGGAUGCUCUAGUAAGCAAGAAUUGUUUUAGUUAUAUUGGAAAACUUACAAAGGGAUGAAUGAAAAAUCCGGGGGACAAACGGGCACUUACGCUUCCGGUUGAAGGCACGAAAACCGCAGCAUUGAGCGGACUCACCCAAAGGAUGGCGCCAUAGGACAAACAAUAACACACCCAUUCAGUGUCUCUUGUCUGUGUAAUAUCAAUAGAAAACAAUAUGGCUGUGAGCGAAGAAAAAUCCAUUAAUUAGCCGCACUGUUUUAUAAGCCGCAGGAAUCAAAGCGAUGAAAAAAGUGGCGGUUUUUAGUCUGGAAAAUACGGUGUGUUUUUUUCUUUUUCUUCAAUAUUCCACAAUAAUUUUUAAAUGAUUUGCCAGACAAACAAGUGAUGGGUUUGGAAUGCAGGCUGACACGUUCAGUUCGUGAAGAGAAGCGGUUCUUAACAAUAACCAUUCCUCAAAGAGAAGCAGUUCAUAAUAAUAACCAGUCAUCAAAGAAAAGCAGUUCUUAAUAAUAACCAGUCCUCAAAGAAAACGAGUUCUAAAUGAGAGCCAGUUUUCAACAAGAAGCAGAACUCAAAAGGAGAACCAGUUCUUGUGAGAACCAGGACUCAGAAGAGAACCAGAAAGAUUCUACUUUUGGGUCUGACUUUCUUCCUUUUCCUUCUCAUGCACUUUUAGUUCAUUUUCAUUUGUCACAUUUUGUUGAACAGUUUGAAACUGGAAAAACAGGUUUUCUAUUGCGCCUUCAAAUGAAUGUAAAAUUGUUAAUGAUGUAACAAACAUGCUUGCUCUUGAAUGACAACAUACUGCACUCUACAUACUGUAAAUACAGUACCUACACUAUGUAGUAUAUAGUGUACGUACUGGACAUAUACUAUGUAGUGUACAUAGUGUAUGUACUGUACAUACAGUAUGCAGUAGAAUUUUUGCUGAGCUGCACUUUUUCCAAACUAUUUAUUGAAUGAAAAGUUGUCACCACUGAUAGGUGUGCGCGUGCGUCUGCGUGCGCGUGCGUGUUUGUGUGUGAGUGUGUCGCUUUAGUUUUUGCUGCUUUGACAUUGCACUGUUCUAGCCAAAAGCCAAACAAUAAAAAAAUAAGAUGAA